AGAUUUAAAAGAUUGGAGUAUUAAUCGUAGAUUGCUUACUCAAACCUUGAUGUCUACCGGAUUUUUAAGGGGCACCAUUCAAUUGGUUGAAAAGAAUUGUGACGAGUUAUUUCAAUAUUGGGAUUUAUUAGGUGUCUCGGCAAAUGAUAAUCGUACCGUGAUUGAAUUACCAAAGUGGAUGAAAGCGUUUUCUAAUGAUUUAAUCAUUGAAACCAUCCUGAGUAAAAAAAGUUAUGCAAAAGCAAAUUAUUUAAAUCGUAUAACUGACAACAAAAAACUUGACAUCCCUCAAAAUCUUUUAAAGCAAUCCGGUGAAAUCAUUGAUAACCUCUCUGCUUCCUUAAAGGGUGGAAUGUUUAUCAUGAACGUACCAGGUUAUAUUAGACGCUCAAUUUUUAAAUAUUUUAACAAUAAGAUUAUUGGUUUAUUUUAUGAGGUUGAAGAAGUGUUUGAUAAAAGGGUGAAAGAAAGGCGUCAAGAGAUUGAAGCGAUGCCCGUCGAAACAGAAUUACCAUGGGAUCUUUUGACCUUGAUGAUUACGACGAAUACAUCUCGUGAUCAAAAUAAAGUUAGGUUGGGGGAACCUUUAUCCGACAUUUCAAUCCGUAAGAUUAUAAUGGAAUUAAUCGUUGCGGGAACUUAUAAUAUUAUGUCCUCGAUAUCUUUUGUCUUGGCUUACCUUUGUAAUCAUCCUAAUGUCAAAGAUCGGUUGAUUGAAGAAAUUGAACAAGUUUAUGGCGUAAAUUCAUCACCAACGAUUACGUUUGAAUCACUUGAUAAACUUCGUUACUGUGAGGCUGUAAUUCAUGAAACUGCUCGUAUUUCUCCGACAAAUGAAGUAUUCUUUAGAACCUCAAGUAAUCAAGUUGAACUUUGUGGUUAUACUUUUGAACCAGAUACAUUGUUUUGGACAAAUUUCUAUAAAACAAGAGCAAAUGAAGCAGCAGAUCCAAUAGAUGUAAUUAAAAAUAGAGUAAAGGAGGCAGUUAUAGCGGACGUUUAUGAUUAUGUUCAAUAUAAUAAAAAAACUUGUGGUGCAUUAGUAACUACAGUCGAAGAUGUAAAAUUUAUGAUUAGAGGAUUGAUAAGACAAAAAGAAGAGAAUAUUGAGGAAAUUUUCAGCCAAAAUUAUUACAAUUCCUUUUGUAAAUUAAUAAAUUGUUUAAAUCAAAUUAAAAAAUUUUUUAAUGAUAUUUCCCAAUUAUCAGGAUUUGCUUCAAGUAGUAAUAUUAAAGAAACCUUUGAGAAAAUUAUAAAAGAUCUUGACAGUUGCUCGAUUCAUUUAAAGCUGGCUAGAUCCAUUACAAAUGAACAAUUGAUUUCAAUUUUAAGUUCUGAAAUGAAGAAAUUUUUAGACAAUAUUGAAGGUGGUAUUACAAUUAUGAUGAACCAUACCACUGUAUUACAUGUUCAAGAAAGGAAAAUUGUUGUUAAAGUUGAUAAUAUUGAACGGGAUGACAAAAUUAAUAAACAAAAUAACGAACCCUUAAAAUACAAGGCGGACAAGGACAAACAUGAACUUAAUUUUACUUCGCUCAACGGGGAAAUUGAUACGAUUCGUUAUUUGAAUGAAAGAAGUUUGAAUGUAAGAAGUUCUACAUUUAAAACUGAAUCCAGUACUGGUGGACAAAUUGAACCUUCGGAAUUGAAAGAUACUGCGGAACCCUAUAAACGUAAAGUAACGGUUUUAAAAAAAAUUUAUAAACAAAAAGAUGUUGCUUGUAGACCCACUCAUCGGGACAAGCUUGACAAUAUGCAUCUUGCUAUUUUGAGAAAAUUGAAAGCUUGUUCAUAUAUUAUUCGAUUUUAUGGAUUGUCAAAAUUAGAUGUUGGAGAUGUGAUGGUUUUUGAAUGGGCUGAAUGCGGAACUCUACGCGAAUUAUAUCAGAAAUAUACUAUUGAAUGGGAUGCAAAAAUUUCUUUCGCAAGAUCUAUCUUUUGUGGAUUAAUUUUUUUACACGCUGUUCGUGCUGAUACCAGUCAAAUUGGUGAUUUGAAUGCUACCAUACAUUGGUUAGCUCCUGAAAAGUUAAAAGAUGAUAAAACUA